AGUACAGUCACCGUGUCUUUGUUGGUACAGCACACAUUUCGAAAUGGCUCUCCGAGUAACCAGAAACCGCUUGGCUUCUACCAGGUCUGACCUCGGUGGAAAGGCCUGUACUGUGAACGGGCCCACACUGAAGCCCCGAGCGGCCCUGGGCGAAAUCGGAAACAUUGCAAUCAACAAAGAACCACUGAAAAAGAAUAUCAAGACAGAGGCAGUUAAAAAGCCCAAAGUCACCACCAAGGCUGAAAAGGUUGUGGUUGAGAAACCAAAACCAGAAAAUGUUGUUCCCGUUAAACCUGAGCCAGUGGAGCAGGUUCCCCCUGAACCGGCAUCUCCCACUCCAAUGGAGACUUCAGGCUGUGAGCCUGCCGACUUAUGUCAAGCAUUUUCCGACGUCAUUCUUCACACUGCCAUCAGGGAUGUGGACGCAGAUGACUAUGACAACCCUAUGCUCUGCAGUGAAUAUGUGAAGGACAUCUACAAGUACCUCCGACAGCUUGAGGUGGAACAGGACAUCAAACCUGCUUAUCUGCAGGGUCAGGAAGUGACUGGUAACAUGCGGGCCAUUCUCAUUGACUGGCUAGUGCAAGUGAAUCUGAAGUUUCGUCUGCUGCAGGAGACGAUGUACAUGACGGUGGGAAUAAUCGACCGCUUUCUUCAGGACCACCCAGUCCCCAAGAAGCAGCUGCAGCUUGUCGGUGUGACCGCCAUGUUCCUUGCAUCCAAAUAUGAGGAGAUGUAUCCACCAGAGAUUUCAGACUUUGCCUAUGUGACAGACAAGGCCUACACCACUGCCCAGAUCAGAGACAUGGAGAUGACAAUCCUGCGGGUGCUCAAGUUCCAACUGGGCCGGCCUCUCCCCCUCCAGUUCCUCAGGAGGGCCUCAAAGAUUUAUGAGGUGACUGCAGAUCAGCACACCCUGGCAAAAUACCUCCUGGAGCUCACCAUGGUCGACUAUGAAAUGGUUCAUUUCCCACCUUCCAUGGUGGCGAGUGCUGCUCUGGCUCUUACCCUGAAGAUCUUGGAUGCUGGAGACUGGGAUGUGACACUGCAGCACUACAUGGACUACACAGCAGAGAGUUUGAUUCCUGUGAUGGCACACAUUGCCAAGAAUGUUGUGAAGGUGAACGAAGGACAGACCAAGCACAUGGCUAUCAAAGGCAAAUACUCCACUUCAAAGCAGAUGAGGAUUGCCACAAUCUCACAGCUCAAAUCUUCAGUGGUGAAGGAUCUUGCAAAGCAGCUCACUCAGUGAGAUGACCAUGUUUGGCACAAUGUGCUGACUUGUACAGUUGAACUUUUUAAGAUUGCGCCGAUCCCAAGGAUGACUCAGCGGUUUGCAUUUUUUUUACAGGUUGUCUCUAACUGGCCCUUUUCAAAGCAUGCUACAAGUUUUUCACUUUUGAUCUAUGAUAGGGUUCCAACAAAUUUUAAUGAUAUUCCACCACUUAAUAGAAUCUGUCAGUUUCUCAGACCAAAAAUGACCCCUUACAUGUCUUAUCACCACACAAAUUUAGUCUGUCAAGACAAACAAAAUGCUCACUUUCUGAGGAACUGGCAUCAGAACUUCUACACUUAAACAACUGAUUUAUCAUAGUUGGCAAUUUUCUAUCGACUAAUCACUGCAGCCCUUACCUAAUUAAUGGACCUCAACAGCUAGUUCAGUGUCUUGGGAGAAAACAAAAUGGCAGACUAAGCAUGAGAUUUCAUUUGGAUACCACUAACUACUGUCAUGCAACCCAUAGCACUCUUCACCAGGGAUGUUUACAAUGUGAUAAUGCACUACUUACUGUUAGCUGACUUGGCACAUUGAACACAAUAUUUUUCAACACUCAGAUGAUGCUACAGAUGGUACCAUGAGUCUCAUGGCUUAACUGACAUUUCAAAUGUAAGCUUUGUAGCAUUGCUUUUAAAAUGGGUCAGCCAUGUUAAGGGUCCAGUGGAUAAUGGGACCAUUUUUAAAUGGGAUUUUCUUAAUGUGUGUGGCAGUGAAUGUGUGAAAUGUACAGCAAUACUUUUUAAAUGAUUUUACUUCCUAUGUUCCUAAAGCCUUUAUUAAAUGGUUUUGAC